AUGACAGCCCCAGUUCCAACCACAAGGCCCGGUAUUCAUGACAACGGCUCGACCCAAUCUUCCUGGUUACACGAGUUUCCGCAUCAUCUUCUUCCCCCGACACAUCCUGGUACAACUUCUGCCAAUCCCCUUCAUUGCCAACACCAGCAGCGGGAAGUAGCGGGGUUUGCAGAUAGAGACAUUCAUCACAAUGGCGUGCCGCCGGCAGACUCACGCCAUACUAUGAACACCAGAGCCGGACCGACCAGUACCCCACUGGAUGUUACUCGUCGAGCAGCCGCGAUGAAUGCGGCAGGGCAAUCAUCGGAAUACUUUGGUGAGUCGUCAACAUUCGACUUCAUGACUAAGGUAUGUUCGCCUGCCAAAGACAUAUCAAGAGAGCCAACUACUGUCGCCACUCAAGCGGCUACAUCUCUGGCCACUUCCUCUCUACUGACGCCCUUUUUCGAGGGCAUGGCUCUGGGCAUGGGAAAUGACGAUAUAUUCAGUUUACCCAACAGAUUUAUAGCAGAUCAGCUAGUCGAUGCGUAUUUCAAAUUCUCCCAUUCACUCAAUACGUACUUGCACGAGGGCUCAUUUCGGCAGCGGUAUGAGCGUCUCUGGCUCCACGGUGGAGUGGAGACUACGGAGAAGAACCUUGCAUGGUUUGCGCUUGUCAAUCUGGUAUUUACCUUUGGCAGCCACCAUGCUCCAGUAAUCAAUCGGGUCUCGAUUGACGACUCUCACUUCUUCAGACGUGCAAAGAUUCUUGUAUUUUCUAGCUUAUUCCAACCCGGGACGAUCGACAUAGUGCAGUCACUACUCCUCAUGGGACAAUACCUGCACAGCUCGCUGGAACUCGAAUAUUCCUGGACUGUGAUCGGCCUAGCCAACCGUCUGGCUCAGGGCCUUGGGCUCCACCUCAAUGCCGACAACUUCACUUCGAAUGUGAUCGAAAAAGAGAUUCGAAAGCGCGUUUGGUGGGGCUGCUUCGUCAUCGAUAGAAUUCUGAGCAUGAAGCUCGGACGCCCACCUACUAUCUAUGACGGCUCUGAUAUCACCGUCGGACUACCCCUGGCCAUAGAUGAUGAAUAUCUUGAGAACUCCACCGAAGGACCACCAACCCAGCCACCUCAAACGCCAUCCAAACUGGAGUUCCUGACCCAGGUCAUAGUCCAGGUCCGUCUUCUGGAGCGGAUUUGCAAGAGACUAUACAACAGGGGCUUGGUAGACUUUUCUGAACAGAAACUGACGGAUAUCCCGAAACUCUUGGCCAUAUCUAUUGAGCUGGACGGGGAUCUUACAGCUUGGCAGCAAAGUCUUCCGCCCCACCUACAGCCUGACGGUGAUGUUCCGGGUUGGCACUUUGAGCGCCAACGUAGCACGUUGUUUAUGAGGUGA